CUGGACAAUUGUCUUUCCGGCAAGGAGCGCAGUUGCGAGCAUGGCUUGCAUCUUGCAGUUGCACUUCCAUGAUUGACCAAUGCAGCCUUGUAAAGGGGAGUUCUUUUCUUCUGAGAAUCUUCCCCUUGGCGACAACCUCGAGACAAUUUCUUCCAGGGUUGCGCUCAUAGACUGCCAAGGGGAUCCUUUGAGAGAGUAGUGGAGAAGGGUCCUCCGUAAUCUAUGGUUUGCAGUCAAAGUUUGUAAUGCUGUAGGCGCGUUCUUCGUGGGGUUUUUGCUCCGCCCCAAGUUUAUUGCACAAAAUUGGUUGAAUAGACCUGUAGCAUUGCACGGUGCAGUUUCUCCAGAUUCCUAACAGUCUGGGCCACUUAGCACCUAGAUCUUUCUAUCAAGCACGCUGGUGAGAGCAAUCGCUUACUGCGUUAAGGCGCCUCUUGCAAGAUGCCGUUCCUGGAGGUGUCGCAUGAGCGGGCCAAGGGAAAGAAGACACGGCCAGUCAACCUGUUUUACGAGUUGUACGGAAGCGGGGACGCAAAAUGCCUCUUGAUUAUGGGCCUUGCCGGCACGCACGCCGCAUGGGCUUACCAGUUGAAAGAACUGGCGGGCACAGACGUGCCCAACUCGCCAAACACGCACUCGUUGUCAGGAAGCGACAUCAGGCUGAGCGCCACCGAGCAACUAGAGUUGGAAGACAAUGCGAGAGCCGAGAAGCAUCGGGACUCAAAAGUGCACGCGUCAAAAGAGGAGGAAGCGGUUCUGGAAGAGCUGGAGGGGUUGGAGGUCGAUGACAGCGAUGAGAGCAUGAGUGACAGCGGCAGAAGGGACUCCGUGGGCCUCAGUCCGUCGGGUAGUUCGUUGAGCGUCGGUGAUGUCAGCAAGGGCGGGGCGGAGAAGAGUGAGGGCGUUGGUGAUGUCAGCAAGGGCGGUGCGGGGAAGAGUGAGGAUGAUGGGGCGAAGCAAGCAAGUGGGUCGGGGGAUGCAAACGGGGGGCCCACAAUUCCCGGGGGUGGCCGGAUGUGUUGUGCGUAUGACAACCGGGGGGUGGGCCGGAGCACGAUCCCAAAGAAGAAGUCGGACUACAACACGACGAUUAUGGCGGAAGACGCCCUCGCCCUGCUGGACCAUCUAGGGUGGGAAAAGGCGCACGUGUUUGGGCACUCGAUGGGGGGCAUGAUCGCCUGCAAAUUGGCCGCCAUGGCGCCCCACAGAAUUGCGUCUUUGGCACUCAUCAGCGUCACUGGCGGAGGCUUUGAAUGUAUACCUGCGAUGAACAAGACAAUGGUCAACAUCUCGUACCGCUUCCUCAAGGCUAAAGACCCCAAGUCGCGCGCUGACGUGGAUCUCGACUGCCACUUCACGCCCGAAUACUUGGAGGAAACGAUUGAGGGGGGGCGGCGACGAGACGUGUUGUACAAGGAAUACGUUCAGGCGAUUUCUGCGGCGGGGCUGCAGCCGAAGCACGGGUUGAAGGGACAUGAGAACGCGUGUUGGACGCACCGAGUGGAUGACAAGGAGAUUGAGACGAUCCGCACUGGGGGCUUCCUCGUGUCGAUCAUCCACGGACGGGGAGACAUUGUUGCUUCCGUCCACCAUGCGAACAAGCUGGCACAGCGGCUCACGCCAGUCGCGCGACUGGUGGUUAUGCCCGGGGGGCAUCUGGUACUGCGAGAAUCUGCCGAACAGGUGAACAAGGCGUUGACUACUCUCAUUGCUGCCACGUACCUGCGCAUUCCCGGGGAGCAGUGGGGGGCCGUUCUUCACAGUCAGAGCUCCGACAAUUUGACGACGCUCGCCACCGUUCCGGCCGCUCCGGGAGAGCUUCCCCUUCCGGGGCGCGGAAUGAAGCUGCGAAACUACCUGAACACCUUCCAGGACGUGGCGUCGCGCAAGUUGCUGUCGAUUCAACGAACGAGCUCGGGCAACGUGUUGAAGAGUCUCAAGUUUGAAAACGUCGAAAAUGUUGAACUGCAGCGUACCAGUACGGGAACCCAUGAAAAGUUGGUGUUGCAAAUCUAGAUUAUUGCGAGCGGAAAAGGGGCGGGCGCUGCACCGGAUGCUUACUGCUUGCAUGCUACUUAUUGUUUCUGUAGUCUUGACAGUGCGGUUUUUGCGGGCUUUGAACAGAGUCUAGAUCAUGCCAUUUACAUGCUCCAAAAGUGAAGACUUUGCAAGCUUAUCAAUGUUGUACCAUAGGCAAAUCUUGCUUCUGAACACGGACAUCCCCAUUUUGAUACUUUUAGUUUUGCGCGGUCCAGACGCACGAAGGCCAAACUAUGUUCACUUAUCGGAAAGGUCGUGUAUGGACCGGACUCGCAGGCCUUUACACGUCCCGCGCACAACUGUCAUCAUUCGGG